AUGGCUCUCUACUGUGCCAUAUCCAAUGAAGUGCCUGAAGUUCCCGUGGUAUCCCCAUCGUCUGGGGCUGUUUUCGAGAAACGUAUCAUUGAAAAGUAUAUAAUAGAGAAUGGCGUUGAUCCUUUAAGUGGUAAAGAACUUAGAGUUGAAGAUCUCAUAGAAAUAAAAACUCCACCUAUUGUUAAGCCAAAGCCCCCCAGUGCCACAUCUAUACCGGCUACUCUAAAGAGUAUGCAAGAUGAGUGGGAUGCUCUAAUGCUGCACACAUUCACACAGCGCCAGCAACUACAGACAGCGAGACAGGAGCUGAGUCACGCUUUAUACCAGCACGACGCAGCGUGUCGCGUGAUCGCGCGCCUCACGAAGGAAGUGACAGCUGCGAGAGAAGCCCUCGCCACGCUUAAGCCACAGGCUGGCAUCGUGGCACCGCAGCCGGCUCAUGCAGCGGAAGCGGGUGCGGCAGCGGGCGCGGCAUCGGGCGCGACGCCCGUAGGCAUGUCAGCGGAGGUGGUGUCGCGGCUGCAGGAGCGCGCCACGGCGCUGACGCAGGAGCGCAAGCGGCGCGGACGCACCGUGCCCGAGGGGCUCGUGGCGCCCGACCAGAUCCGCGCCUACGUCACGCUCGCCUCGCAUCCCGGUCUGCAUUCGGCCAGCGUGCCCGGCAUCCUAGCGCUGGACAUCAACCCUUCGGACUCCAGCAAGUUGCUAACAGGCGGCAACGACCGCAACGCGACCGUAUUCAACAAGGACACGGAACAAGUGGUGGCCAUACUGAAGGGACACACCAAGAAGGUGACCCGGGUCAUAUAUCACCCGGACGAAGACACCGUCGUCACCGCCUCGCCCGACCACACCAUACGAGUGUGGAACGUGCCAACGUCUCAAACGAGCGUAAUACUUCGAGUGCACGACGGGCCAGUGACCGGUCUGUCUCUACAUCCCACGGGCGACUACGUGCUGUCCACUUCGACAGAUGCACACUGGGCCUUCUCCGACCUCAGGACCGGCGCAUUACUUACAAAGGUGGCAGACGCUGCAGCUUCCAGCCUCACUACGGCACAGUUCCAUCCAGACGGACUUAUUUUCGGCACCGGCACAGACAACUCACAGGUUAAAAUCUGGGAUCUGAAAGAGCAGAGCAACGUGGCCAAUUUCCCAGGCCACGUUGGGCCCGUCACUUCCAUAUCGUUCUCUGAGAACGGGUACUAUUUGGCCACGGCUGCAGAAGACGCGUGUGUUAAACUCUGGGAUUUGAGAAAACUCAAGAACUUCAAGACUAUCCAGCUGGAGGAAGGAUACGUCAUCAAGGAGGUGGUGUUCGACGGCAGCGGCACCUACUUGGGCGUGGCGGGUUCGGACGUGCGCGUAUUCGUGUGCCGACAGUGGGCCGAGCUGAGGGCCUUCAACGACCACACCGCCGCCGCCACCGCGCUGCGCUUCGGGCCCCACGCCGGCUACCUCGCCUCCGCCAGCAUGGACCGCACGCUCAAGCUGUACGGCGCGCAGUAG